CUGUAUUAUACGGUAUCGGUAAUUGCAACAAAAUAACAUUAUUGACACACGUCAAAACUUUGUUGUUGGUCGCUGAAAAGACAAUCCGGUUUGGUAUAUCGAAUCUGAAACGCUGAAAUCUUCUCCAAUGCUUUGUACAUUUGUAGAACUGCGCGCGGUGUUAGACUGAGUGGAUUUGCAUUAUCCGAGCAUGGCCACCGACAACAUAAUUCAUUUCUGGAGGAAAAACGCAAAGGUUCCAGGAAGGUAUGUUUCAGUUCUCCCUCUCGUUAAUGAUGAAGAAUCUCUCGUGAUUCUUAAGAUUAUAAAUGUGUAUUCUGAUAAUGAGUUAACUCUGUAUUUUAUUGGGCAUAAUAGCGUUGAUUUUGCGUAAUUACAGUGUCAUUAAAAUGUUUAUAAAACAUAUGCAUAACCUUGUUUGAUAGAUAGCUAGUUUAUGAAGCCUUUAUGCGCAGGUUAGCGUUUUUUGUCAUGAAUCUUGUUCUGGAGGCAGCUGUGCACACUGGUCACUAGCUGGCACAGCCACAAAGUCAUAAAAUCGGAUUUGAAACCUAACCGUAGCCACACUAAUACUUAACCCUAAACUUAAAUUGUUUGUUUUCAUGAAUUUUUACAGUAUAGCCAAUUUUGACUUUGCAGCUGGCCUAAGGGGAAAUCGCUCAGUUCUGCCACCAGGACAAGACUCAUGACAAUAAACGUACACCUUGUCUUUAGGCAAUACGGAAGUGGUGGUCUUUGUUGCACAUUGGAGCUCAUUAUGAGGUAAUCUUCAUGCCUUUGUCUUGGCUACCGCUAUGUCCAUACAACAUGUCAGGUGGUCUGUAAUGGGUGAAUGUUGACAUGUUGAAUACGCAGGAAAGACUGAGAAAAGACUUCAGAAACGUCCCCAAUACAGUAUUACCAAAUAGAUUGGCAUAUGGCGUUUCUUUAUGGCUGGGAAAAUUUACACAAAUUGACACAAUGUGUCAUAUCUCUGGAGGCAGGAGCCAAGGUAAUGUGAGUGGUCUAUAGGGAUUGGGUGUUGUCUUCCGUAAGACUAAUCUUUUCAAUGUAUGGUGGGUGGGUGGUAGCCACAAUGCAAACACUAGGGCCUAGAACAGGAAGUAACACUGUUCCUAAUCCUGACAGAACAAGUUAUGUAAUGAGCUCUGAUGAGAUACCAACCAGACAUGAUAGGGUAUUACCAUUGUACAUAUUAAUACAGUGUACUAAAAGGUUACUAGAUCGUGUCAAGAUCCUAUACUAUCCUCCUAAGACCCAGCUGAUGAGCAACUUUACUACAACAUGAGCUAUUACUGUGUUAAAGAGGCAAUCUGCAGUUUAUUAUUAUUUUUUACUUAUACUGUAUAGCAUUACAUUGUAUUGCCUCAUGGUUAAAAUUAUAAUGUUGAUAUCAUGGAUGGUCAGUCCUUGCAUCCAUAGCGCUGUCUAUGAAUUUAAGAGUGGUUACAUUUCUCCAGCCCCAUCCCUCAGCUUUAUACCGAAACAGUUGCGGGGAAAGGCUUUGUUCUUGUUUCAACUGCUGAUUUCCCCUUUAAAGACCCAGUAACUUGACUAAUUUAGUCACCUACAACGUAGUCCAGAUAACAUUAGGCUAUUUCCUCUCCACCGAGCUUGGUUCACGUCAGAACACAAAGGGAGACAGACACACAGGGGGGCCUUUGGACUGUGUUGCAGGUCACAGCUCUUGUAGCGUCAUCAGAUCGGUGGUGAGUGCUCAACACGCGUGCCUCCGCUGAACAGGAUACUCUCCAUGGGGUGGCAGUAAGGCUGUCGUCUCACUCGCCCUGGCAAGCGGUUCACAGAAUGUGUUUAAAGCUAUACGCCUACUUAACUAACAACCGUUUUCCAAAACCAAAACCAAAUAUCUUAGGGGUGAGAUAGGAAUGAAAUGAAGUCCUCUGUCUGCCCAUAAUGGUUGCUCUGGAGAGUCUAUGCUUUAUGAACCUGUAGAAUCCACUGUAAUGGCCAACAUUGUCAAUGAAACAUGAAAAGAGACCUCAAUGAGCCCACAUGCUCCCAGUGACGCACCAGGUAGGCUACUGCUCUUUGUCUUCUACAGUAUACAGCCAGUUUAUGGAGCGCAGCAUCCUCCACUCGACCCCAGAAUACACCGCACGUAAGUGCUCCGCAUAGCCAAUCUGCAUGCAGCCCACAGGGAUUAUUUUUCACCCUACAUUCAACAUUGAUUUUUGUAUGCUUACUUUAGAUCGUAGAUGUUCGUGUCUUGUCUAUAUUGCCAAGCCCUUGAACAUGUGUGGUAUUGUUGGUUUGAUUGUUCCACGUCUUUCUUCUUUCACUAUUAUUUUAUUGGACUUUGGGCCAGCUGUUCCUUUUUAUAUUGUAUGUUGCCAAUGUAUCAUCUUGUCUUUACCAUGAGAGUGCUGUAGCUAGUCAAUGGUAUCUUCUUUGUAUCAGUGACACGUAGAUUACAUUUUUCCCCCCCAUUUUCUCUCUGCAGGUUUCCUAAAGACACUCCUAAGGGAAACAAUCUCAAGUCUAAAAAGGCGUCUAGUUUCCACGAAUUUGCCCGUAGCACCAACGAUGCCUGGGACAUUGAUGAGGAGGAGGAUGAGGACUUCUUAGCUCCCAUUCACCCUUCAUCUCUCCCGCCCACCCUGCACUCCCCGCACCAGGUGCCUCCUCUUCCUUCACAACAACCCAGUGACACCACCAGGGAGCCAGACACGGGGCCAGGGCCUGCAGACCAGCUGGCUCCCCCAACAGCAGAGGUCUGUCUUCAGCAGGAGGAGAACACAGACUGUGGACAGAUCAAUGGCAGAGUGGUGGUGAAGUCCAGCAGUGAGGCCCUGCUCAAUACCAAUACAGGUAAUGUGGACACUGGACACUAACGACAGGGGUGGGGUGGAUUUUAGGGAACAUGUCUUUGCAUUUAGUGUUAAUAUCCCAUGUGGAUGUAUUAAAGAUAUUGCUCAUUAUCAACUCAAAACUGCCUGAUAUUGUUGAUAAUCUGCUCUCUGCGAUUUGUUCCAUGAUCCUUCACUCUGGGUCAGUUUCCUCCACAGUGCGCUCCACCCUGCAGAAGCAACAGUCUCUCCCAGUUCGUCCUAUCAUCCCGUUAGUCGCUAGAAUCUCUGACCAAAACUCCUCGGGGGCCCCAAUCAUGACAGUGCGAGACAAGAGCCGAUUGGACAAAUUCAAAUACCUUCUGUCCUGUCCUAACACCGACCUCGGUGAGAAUAAACACCACCUUUAUAGAUUGAAAUAGCUAAUACAAGAAGGCCAAUGUUGUGUUUACAAUGUAUGUAUUGUCAUUCUAUCUCCUGGGCCUUGUGAUUCACAGAGGCGCUCCGGAAGCAUAGCUGGUCAGGCAUUCCACGAGAAGUGAGGCCCAUCACAUGGAGGCUCCUCUCUGUAAGUACCAUGAUGACCUUUGACUAGGCUGGAGAUCACACACAAAGAGUAUGACGAUAGACACUGAGUGUACAAAACAUUAAGAACACCCCCCCCCCUCCACCCACCUUUUGCCCUCAGAACAGCCUCAAUUUGUCAGGGCAUGGACUCUACAAGGUGUCGAAAGCAUUCCACAGCGAUGCUGGCCCAUGUUGACUCCAAUGCUUCACACAGUUGUGUCAAGUUGGCUGGAUGUCCUUUGGGUGGUGGACCAUUUUUGAUACACACGGGAAACUGUUGAGCGUAAAAAACCCAGCAGCGUUGCAGUUCUUGACACAAACCGGUGCGCCUGGCACCUACUACCAUACCCAAAGGCAGUUCACUUUUCUCUUGCCCAUUCACCCUCUGAAUGGCACACAUACACAAUCCAUGUCUCAAUUGUCUCAAGGCUUAAAAAUCAUUAUUUAACCUGUCUCCUCCCCUUCAUCUACACUGAUUGAAGUGGAUUUAAAACAUAAUUAAUGGAUCAUAGCUUUCACCUGGUCAGUCUAUGCCAUGGAAAGAGAGUUCUUAAUGUUUCGUACACUCACUGUAUUUAUAUAUGACAACUGCAACACACGUUGGUGAUAUGAUCAACAUAAUCUUGACUGUAGGGUUGACCCUUGACCCUUGGCAUAUAUCACUCUUCUACCCUGCUGUUCCGCUACAGUAUCCUCUUUUCUUUACAUUGUCGUCCUCUCUGUCAUGGCAGGGUUACCUCCCAGCCAACAUGGAGCGCAGAGAUCUGGUGCUGAUGAGGAAGAGAGAUGAGUACUUUGGCUUCAUUGAACAGUAUUACCACUCCAGGACAGACGAGACUUACAAAGACACAUAUAGACAGGUAAUACAUGAGUCACCAACGCAAUAAAUCCUAACAACCAAUGCUACCCACUCUGGAGAGUCAGUGUUUUAAGUAGACCUGCCUACUGUAGUGAAUCAGUGUUUAAGUAGCCCUGCCUACUGUAGUGAAUCAGUGUUUAAGUAGCCCUGCAUACUGUAGUGAGUCAGUGUUUAAGUAGCACAUGUCUAUUGUAGUGAGUCAGUGAUUAAGUAGCCCUGCCUACAGUAGUGAGUCAGUGUUUAAGUAGCACAUGUCUAUUGUAGUGAGUCAGUGAUUAAGUAGCCCUGCCUACAGUAGUGAGUCAGUGUUUAAGUAGCACAUGUCUAUUGUAGUGAGUCAGUGAUUAAGUAGCCCUGUCUACUGUAGUGAGUCAGUGUUUUAAGUAGCCCUGCCUACUGUAGUGAGUCAGUGAUUAAGUAGCCCUGUCUAUUGUAGUGAGUCAGUGUUUAAGUAGCACAUGUCUAUUGUAGUGAGUCAGUGUUUAAGUAGCACAUGUCUAUUGUAGUGAGUCAGUGAUUAAGUAGCCCUGUCUACUGUAGUGAGUCAGUGUUUUAAGUAGCCCUGCCUACUGUAGUGAGUCAGUGUUUAAGUAGCACAUGUCUAUUGUAGUGAGUCAGUGAUUAAGUAGCCCUGUCUACUGUAGUGAGUCAGUGUUUUAAGUAGCCCUGCCUACUGUAGUGAGUCAGUGUUUAAGUAGCCCUGCCUACUGUAGUGAGUCAGUGUUUUAAGUAGCCCUGCCUACUGUAGUGAGUCAGUGUUUAAGUAGCACAUGUCUAUUGUAGUGAGUCAGUGAUUAAGUAGCCCUGUCUACUGUAGUGAGUCAGUGUUUUAAGUAGCCCUGCCUACUGUAGUGAGUCAGUGUUUAAGUAGCCCUGCCUACUGUAGUGAGUCAGUGUUUUAAGUAGCCCUGCCUACUGUAGUGAGUCGGUGAUUAAGUAGCCCUGCCUACUGUAGUGAGUCAGUGAUUAAGUAGCCCUGCCUACUGUAGUGAGUCGGUGAUUAAGUAGCCCUGCCUACUGUAGUGAGUCAGUGAUUAAGUAGCUUAUGCUUUGUUUCCACAGAUCCACAUUGACAUUCCGAGGACAAACCCGCUAAUUCCACUUUUCCAGCAGCCCACGGUGCAAGAGGUGAGCUUCUCUCUCAGCUCUUCAUACUAGUUGCCUGGCUUGGAUGGACAGUCGCCAAUUCCACUUUUUGAUAUUCUGGAGAGGAGUUUUGUUAACAUGUAAUAUACAUGGCAUAUCACUUUGGAUUGAAUUCUGUUCUGUCUGUGCCUUCAUGUGUUCAUUAGGUGUUUGAACGGAUCCUCUUCAUCUGGGCUAUCCGCCAUCCAGCCAGUGGCUAUGUCCAGGGAAUCAACGACUUGGUCACUCCAUUCUUUGUGGUCUUCCUCUCCGAAUUUGUGGGUAGGUUGGCUGGAGGAUAAUGUGUGGGUAGGUUGGCUGGAGGAUAAUGUUUGGGUAGGUUGGAUGGAGGAUAAUGUGUGGGUAGGUUGGCUGGAGGAUAAUGUGUGGGUAGGUUGGCUGGAGGAUAAUGUUUGGGUAGGUUGGAUGGAGGAUAAUGUGUGGGUAGGUUGGCUGGAGGAUAAUGUGUGGGUAGGUUGGCUGGAGGAUAAUGUUUGGGUAGGUUGGCUGGAGGAUAAUGUGUGUGUGUGUCAGAGGAGGCUGGCGGGAGGAGCUACAGAUGUAGGAGCUUAAUUUGAGCCAGUUUGCUACAGCAGGAAAAUAAUUCUGCAGCAACAGGAAAUGGGAAUUAUUAUGUGGAUUAUAAUUAAUGGGCUUUUUUUGUAGGGGUUGAAACAUUUUUUGUUAGGGCAAAUUAGGUCUGACAUUUUAAAGUGGAAAUUACAAACUUUAGAAGCCAUUUUAAACCUCGAAUACACUACAAGUUUGCAUUUCCUCCUGUGCAGUAAACAAUUCUCAGCAACAAAAGUGAUCAAAUUAAGAUCCUACACCUGUAGAGGAGGACGGGCUCAUUGUAAUGGCUGGAAUGGAAUGGUAUCAAACACAUCAAACCCAUGGAAACCACGUUUGACUUUGUUUCAUUUAUUCCAUUCCAGCCAUUACACUGAGCCUGUCCUCCUAUAGCUCCUCCAACCAGCCUCCUCUGGUGUGUGUGUCAUAGAUUUCUGUCCAACCAGAUGAGGCUAAAUAAAAAAAAAUAAAGGAAAAUGUCCAAUAAUCUUGUCUUAUAUUACAUGCAGAAGGAUUAAUAUACACUACCGUUCAAAAGUUUGGGGUCACUUAGAAAUGUCCUUGUUUUCCAUGAAAACAUACAUGAAAUGAGUUUGAAUAGGAAAUAUAGCAAAAUGCAUAGAAAAUGUAGUCAUUGACAAGGUUAGAAAUAAUGAUUUUUAUAUUAAUUAUGUCCUUCAAACUUCGUCAAAGAAUCCUCCAUUUGCAGCAAUUACAGUCUUGCAGACCUUUGGCAUUCUAGUUGUCAAUUUGUUGAGGUAAUCUGAAGAGAUUUCACCCCAUGCUUCCUGAAGCACCUCCCACAAGUUGGAUUGGCUUGAUGGGCAUUUCUUACGUACCAUACGGUCAAGCUGCUCCCACAACAGCUCAAUAGGGUUGAGAUCCGGUGACUGUGCUGGCCACUCCAUUAUAGACAGAAUACCAGCUGACUGCUUCUUCCCUAAAUAGUUAUUGCAUAGUUUGGAGCUGUGCUUUGGGUCAUUGUCCUGUUGUAGGAGCGCCGUUCAUAAGGGUAUGGCAUGGCAUUGCAAAAUGGAGUGAUAGCCUUCCUUCUUCAAGAUCCCUUUUACCCUGUACAAAUCUCCCACUUUACCACUACCAAAGCACCCCCAGACCAUCACAUUGCCUCCACCAUGCUUGAUAGAUGGCAUCAAGCACUCCUCCAGCAUCUUUUCAUUUGGUCUGCGUCUCACAAAUGUUCUUCUUUGUGAUCCGAACACCUCAAACUUCGAUUCAUCUGUCCAUAACACUUUUUUCCAAUCUUCCUCUGUCCAGUGUCUGUUAUUUUGGCCAUCUUAAUCUUUUAUUUUUAUUGGCCAGUCUGAGAUAUGGCUUUUUCUUUGCAACUCUGCCUAGGUCAGCAUCUCGGGAGUCGCCUCUUCACUGUUGAUGUUGAGACUGGUGUUUUGCGGGUACUAUUUAAUGAAGCUGCCAGUUGAGGACCUGUGAGGCGUUUCUCAAACUAGACACUCUAAUGUAUUUGUCCUUUUGCUCAGUUGUGCACUGGGGCCUCCCACUCCUCUUUCUAUUCUGGUUAGAGCCAGUUUGCACUGUUUUGUGAAGGGAGUAGUACACAGCGUUGUACGAGAUCUUCAGUUUCUUGGCAAUUUCUCGCAUGGAAUAACCUUCAUUUCUCAGAACAAGAAUAGACUGACGAGUUUCAGAAGAAAGUUAUUUGUUUCUGGCCAUUUUGAGCCUGUAAUCGAACCCACAAUUGCUGAUGCUCCAGAUACUCAACUAGUCUCAAGAAGGCCAGUUUUAUUGCUUCUUUAAUCAGUACAACAGUUUUCAGCUGUGCUAACAUAAUUGCAAAAGGGUUUUCUAAUGAUCAAUUAGCCUUUUAAAAUGAUAAACUUGGAUUAGCAAACACAACGUGCCAUUGGAACACAGGACUGAUGGUUGCUGAUAAUGGGCCUCUGUACGCCCAUGUAGAUAUUACAUUAAAAAUCAGCCGUUUCCAGCUACAAUAGCCAUUUACAACAUUAACAAUGUCUACACUGUAUUUCUGAUCAAUUUUAUGUUCUUUUAAAUGUGCUUUUCUUUCGAAAACAAGGACAUUUCUAAGUGACCCCUAACUUUUGAACGGUAGUGUACAUGCAUUCAUUUUUCCUGUCUGGUUAUUUGUCAGCAUUACAAACCGGCAAGUCUGCUUCCCUUAGUGCAAAUGUCAAACAAAAAAAUGUCAUGUUUUAUCAAACCACCCACGGGCCGAAUUUAAUCAGGUUUGCGUAAUACUUUAUUUAUUUAAUUAUUUUCUCCUGGGAAAACGAUCUCAAUCGACAUUGAAAUGACUGAAACCAAAUGGAAACUGUGUAGAAAUAAUGGACCUACAUGUACAGUCUCUUCACUCUGUCCAGCUUGCUAACAGUGAUCGAAACGAAAGCUAGGCAGUCAGGGAGCAUCGAAAAUGGCAAAAGCGAUGCACAUUUUGACGAUGAGGAAAAAUAAUCAACUUGUAAGUGCGGCCCUCAGGACCUCGGUGAAGACCGAAUACGGCCCGCAGGGAAAAUGAGUGACACCCCUGCCUUAGUGAACUGGAAGGAGGGUUGUGUUUCGCUGACUGCGCACUGAUCGUUUGGGUUUACAUCCACAGAGGAGGAUGUGGAGAAUUUUGACGUAGCGUCCCUGCCUCUUGACACCCAGAGGAACAUUGAGGCAGACAGCUUCUGGUGCAUGACCAAGCUGCUGGAUGGAAUACAGGUUGGUAUUGUUAUUCAGUUAUUUUCUCCAUCUGCUCCUAUGGUCUUCAUUCUGUCACUGUUGUCUCCAGCAGCCCCCCCUACAAUCACAAAUCAAAUCCUCCUCAUGAUGUGUCGUUAAUAUUAUUGUGGUUGCAUCUUUGCAGGACAACUACACCUUUGCUCAGCCAGGGAUUCAGAACAAAGUGAAAGCUUUGGAAGAAUUGGUCAGCAGAAUCGAUGGUGAGAUAUGAUCUCCUCAUGUUGUUACAGUAUCCGAGGUAAGACCUUACCUCAAGACACCCUUUUAAUUAAUAUGAAAAUAGAUAUCCAUUAUUUCAGACGGCCUCAGUGUCAGUUUUCAUCUCUCUUGUCUUUUCUCUACUCACUGUGUGGCUGCGUCCUUUUUGUCUCAGAGGACAUACACAACUACUUUAAGAGGUAUGAGGUGGAGUACCUGCAGUUUGCUUUCCGCUGGAUGAACAACCUGCUGAUGAGAGAACUGCCUCUGCGCUGCACCAUCCGCCUCUGGGACACCUAUCAGGUCACACACAAACACAUAGAUAUUUGCAUUAAAACCUUUGUGUUUUCGAUCUGAAUGUUUGUGUGAUUUUAGAGAUGAUGUAUGUGUUCUUCACGUGCUCACCUGUCAUGUAUCCCUGCAGGCUGAGCAAGAGGGCUUCUCCCACUUCCACCUGUACGUCUGUGCUGCUUUCCUGAUCGAGUGGCGCAAAGAGAUCCUCUCCAUGGUCGAUUUUCAGGUACAAUUAAUUAUAUCCUUUCUUUGAUUUGUUUGAGUGAACAGUACUCGAGUACUCUGUAUUUGGAAAUGUGCUACUUUCUUUGUAUGACCUGACCCCUCCAGUGAAAAGCUCUCAUUAAAAACAAAUCUGCAUAUUUCAGUGUUCAUGACACUGCAGAUUGUGACUGAGGCCCACGAGGGAUUAUUCACACACUUCCACCCAUCCAGUUCCAAAAUGGUGUUCAUGUCAUAAAAUCUGCCUUUCCAGGGUCUUCUCAUGUUACUCCAAAACCUUCCCACAAUCCACUGGGGGAACGAGGAAGUGGGCCUUCUCCUGGCUGAAGCAUACAGACUCAAGUACAUGUUUGCUGAUGCGCCCAAUCACUACAAGAGAUAGGCCUCUAUGCAACGGUGUAAAACUGAUUCUGAUAUACUGUUAGGAGGAAUGUAGGGGUUUAUUUCCCUCUCUGAUAUGACUGACAGACAUAUAGCUUGCACACAGGUACAGAAUAAUUCACUCAAAAUGGGAACCCUGAACCCUAUUUCUAGAAUAUUUUUAUUGUUAAGACUUUGUAUUGCCAAGUUUCAUUCCACUGAGACUACAGCGUAUUAUCUCAGAGCCACUGGCUUCGACAUCUUAAUAGUAGUCUGUUACAAUUCAUCGAGUAGGGUCUGGACAUAAAACACAGCUAACCCUUUAACCUAACUCCUAAACUUAACCAUAACCUUAUGUGAGUUCUGGUAUUGGAACUAUAUAC